CGCUGCGUCGCCCGGGCGGACGGUGUAGCUCUCCCCGCUCCACGUUAAGCGGAAUACACACGAACCCCCGCUGGAUUUUACGUCAACGGAGACGUCGCCGAAGUUUCCCUUAGCGUGCGUUCCGACAGAAGUGGGCCCCGUCUCCGGGUUCGAGCGCCCGGUACGCCUAGCCCGCUGCUUUGGACCGGGGUGGUGGGGGUGGUGGUGGAGAAGAGUGACGUCGUCCUCACCACGGCAACAGCAAGGAAGCCGGCCACCUUUUUUUUUUGUCCCUAUUGAGCAAACGAUGAACUAAAGACCCCCCCCCUGCUCUACGUCCUCGCACCUCUCUGCAGUGCCCACCCGCCGCCGCCUCUCGCUGCCUACCGGCAAGGGUGUCACCUCCCUGGCUGCACCCCACUGAGCCAGGGCAGAGAAAUGUGUGUGUGUGUUAACUUUGGCAUGCAUGACUGUGUCUGAGUAUUUCUGUGCACCAGUUAGACGUAGUAGGCCGCCCACCCUUCCCCCCCCCUCUCAGAGGCAUUUCUCUACUUGACUGACCUGGACGUCCAUCUCCGCCACUGCAAGGAAUCAUGGGGAGGAAAAAGAUUCAGAUCCAACGGAUCACCGACGAAAGGAACAAACAGGUGACAUUCACCAAGCGAAAAUUUGGCUUAAUGAAGAAGGCUUAUGAGCUGAGUGUGUUGUGCGACUGCGAGAUCGCCCUCAUUAUCUUCAACCACUCGAACAAGCUUUUCCAGUACGCCAGCACCGACAUGGACAAGGUCCUGCUCAAAUACACAGAGUACAACGAGCCUCACGAGAGCCGGACCAACGCAGACAUCAUUGAGACUUUGAGAAAGAAAGGCUUCAAUGGUUGCGACAGUCCAGAGCCUGACGGGGAAGACUCCAUCGACCAGAGUCCUCUAAAUGAUGACAAGUACCGCAAGACCACCGACGACCUGGACAUACUCUUCAAACGCUAUGGACAGUCUGCAGCCCCGCCCCCUACAUUCUCCAUGCCAGUCACAGUCCAGGCUUCCAAUCAGAAUACACUGCAGUUCAGUAACCCCGGCAACGCCCUGGUGACCACCUCCUACGUGACGUCAUCAUCGCUUUCCGAUCCCCACCUCCUGUCGCCACAGCAACCGGCCCUUCAGAGGAAUACGGUGUCUCCGGGGUUGCCACAGCGACCAGCCAGCGCAGGUGCUCUCCUCGGAGGUGACCUGAAUAAUUCGAAUGGGGGAUGCCCAAGUCCAGUCCCAAAUGGCUAUACCAGUGCUAGGGCCUCCCCAGGCCUCCUCACCGUCUCCAACGGCAACAGUCUGGGGAAAGUAGUUCCGGCCAAGUCUCCACCCCCACCUCCGAGCCCCCAGAUGGUCAACAGCCGCAAGCCAGACCUUCGGGUUAUCACCUCACAGGGUGGAAAGAGCCUCAUGCAGAUGAACGCCCAGCGGUUGGCAGCAGGAGCCCAGGUGGCGCAGACCCUCACCACGCCCGUGGUGUCCGUGGCCACUCCGAGCCUCCUGGCACAGGGGCUGCCCUUCUCCGCCAUGCCCACAGCAUACAACACAGAGUACCAGCUGACGAGCGCCGACCUCACCGCUUUACAUGCUUUGGCGUCACCUGGCAGUCUGUUGCCAGCCAAUGUGUCCACAUGGCAACAGCAGCAGGCCGUCUCCCAGCAACCGCAGCAGCAGCAGCAGCAGCAGCAGCAGCAACAGCAGCAGCAGCAACAACAGCAACAACAACUGAACCUUGCGUCCCUAAGCAACUUGGUCAUGUGGGGCGUGGACAAACAGAACGGCGAGCUGUCUAGCCAGGUGUCCAGUCUGGCUGCCAAUCUGAGCGUUGGCUCUCCGUCCAACCUGCUCUUGGGUAGAGAUGAGUGGUUGGGCCGGCCUGUGACCCAUAUACCUCAAGGCACUAUGCUGACGGUCAACACCAACUCCAGCGUUAGCAUCAAGUCGGAGCCCGUCUCACCCGGCCGGGACCGCAGCACCCCCUGCCCUCCGUCCUCCUCCACCACCACCACCACGGCCUCCGCCUCGGGAGGGGCCAUCUUGACCGCGCCGCCCCAGUACCCCAGCUCCUUGCUCUGCCUGGAGCCUCCGACCGGCCGCUCCCCCGCAGAUAGCGUCAGCAGCAACGCCAGCUCCUACGAAGGCAGCGACCGUGACGACUCCGGCAUAGGCGCCGGCGGCGGCGGGGCAAGCGGCAGCAGCGUAGUAGCGGCCACCCCGACAGGGAACGCGGGAUCCGCUGGACGAUCCCUGCCGUCCGACUUCAGCCCCUCGGCCGAGGUCCUCAGGGCGCAGAACGAACCGGAACAGGAGGGGGGGAACGUCAAGCGCAUGAGGUUGGACACCUGGGUCACAUAGAGGAGGAGUUGGGGAUGACUUUCUCCACACCCUCCCCCUCUUCCCGGCAAAGCUCUGGUGAUACUUAAGGACCCACCCAUCAACCACAACACACACCCGCACUCAUCCAGAAACCCUCCCCCACCGACCCCCACACUACCAUAUGACACUAACGUCAAACAUCUGUCCACAACUACACCCUCUGACUCAGCAGCCUCACCAAGACUUUAAGGCUUUGCCAAAAAAAAAAAAAAAACACAAAAAAAAACACAAAACAAACAACAAAACAAAAAAAAAAACAACCCACCUAUGGUGAUCACAUGCCGAGUGGAGGAGGGAUGGCCCGGUGCCCAGCUGGACAUUAUGUCCAUGGUAGGGCAUCGAAUAUCGAUUAUAAUCUCAAGGCCUUCUUGCUUGAACGGGCUUUCCUCCGGUCAUCUCUGCAGCUCACUUUGAACACUUCAGCAACAAAGGAACCGUUGGGAAAACGUCGCUGCCCGCACGCGGUUUCGAUGUUCGAUACUCAAAGCAGGCGUGAAACCGCGUCUCCGUCGGUAGGUCACACCCUGCGUCACCUUUGUGUAUUUACGCUCUUGCCACGUUGCUCACGGUGCGACCGGCUCCACACGAGCCGGUUGUCCGCCUCACGGACCCUCUGCCAUAUUUACUGCCGACUCUUUAAGUCAUUCGCAAUCCAUUCUUCCACACAUCACUUCCAAAAUGCACUUAGAGAGACAACUUGUUUUGGACAAGAGUGGUUUUGGAGGAGUCAGCGUCGUGUCUGACGCUGAGAGACAGACCCGGUCGAGGUGCUGCUGAGUAAGGACAGUUCGCCAAGAACGGAUCCUUCUGGUGCCACCGUUAACAAUGUCCUAUGCGGGGGGGGGGCCCAAGUACUCGGUGGUCACCCUGUGCUUACAAGCCAAGGCUAAGGGAGCGGAGCACCUCGCCAGUGUGCCAUUAUCGACCUCCUCUCUACAAAGAUGCCAAAUGCCUCUCUCUCUCUCUCGAACACGGUGCAGGGACGCUGAAGAAUAAUCACUCAUACUCUCACAGCAUUGACUGAAAGUACUCUAUGAGACGACACAGCAAACACUCACCAGGCUCUGAAUCUGCCAUCGCUCGCUCCUCAGUUUGGGCUCUCCUCCAGUCCCUACACCUCCCAUCACCUCUCGGCACUCGGAUGGAGACGGUUGCACCGGUGAUCCAGCUCGUCACUCGGCUUCGUAACAGGAGUAGAUGCCAUUCGGUUAAACGCAUAGUGUGUUUUUCAAGC